UCCUGAAAUUUUGAAAACCUUUGAUCCAAGAACUAUAGAUAAAAUAAAUGAAAUGUUUACUGCUUUAGUUGUAGGAACAAAAGAUAACAGACCAUUAUCAAAAUACAUGAAUAAAUCAAUCGAAGAUAUUAAAUUCCAUGGUGAAUUUAAAUCAAAUUUUUCCAAAGAAAUUCAUAGUUACACUAAAGAAGAAAUUUUUAAAUUUCUCUAAAAUUAGUCCCCUUUUUAGAAUUUUAUAUAUAAGCUUAAAAAUGGCAUUACAGCCAUCAAUGCCACCUGCAUCAAUUGAUGAUAAACAUGUGAUUAAAAAGAAGAUAUAACUGGUUUAAUAUGACAAUGUUACUUUAUGCAUUGCUACUAUUGUUAUUUUAUUUAAUAUGCUCAUUAUAACAAUCUAAUAAAUUUAGCUAUAUUGCCAUUAAUUACUUGCCUGUGCAUUGAUAGUUUUUUUGAUUUACAAAGAAAUUAUGGAAGUUAGUUUUUUUGUUAUGAAAGCAGAAAGCUUUCUAUAAAUAAUAAUUUUUUUGUUUCUCUUUAGGUUACAUCAAAACAAUCCUGGACAGGGACUUCAUUUGUCUUUGGAAAUCAAAUUUAAUUUCUCCUUGCGUAGCCUACUGAGUGGAUACUACAACAAAUCAUCCAACGUUGAAACCCUUGCAUAAGAUCUCUCAGGGCUCCAUUUCAGAAAGAAAAUGGCCGCAGCUGUGGUCAAUGCCAACUCCAAUUAUAAAAAGACAUUUUAUUUGAACAUCACUGUAGAAGAGGGCAUAUACGAGUAUGAAGAGCUGCACAAACUUAAGCUACCAAUUAGUAGUGUGUCACUUUCUAAUCUAUCGAAUCAGAAUAAAUUUAGUUCUUCAAAAACAAUGAAAAACAAAAACUUUAAUUUGGUUCCAGCAGCCAAUGUGGAGUUUUUGAAUUUGGAAGACUUGUUCUCCAACGACAUGAACAUCCCACUCAACAAGAUAGCCUAUCCGCCUUAUGCAAUGCCACAUUUCUCUGAUGAGGCAGAUUCAGGUUCAGCUUUUGCUGGGAAUGUCUUAUUCCCUUUACAAAAGCUCUUCAAGUACAGUUUCGGUAUUAAAACCCAGCUGCAGCUGUUUUCUGAAGGAAAAUUUAAUGCUGAUUAUGUUCUGUUUAAUUGUGAAAAUGAAAAUGAAUACUAUGUCGCAGUCGAGAUGAAGAAGUGGAUGCAGUUUACUGCGUUAAAAACCAUCAAUGUAACAGAUCAGGGGAUAAGAGAUGCAUUAUGUGAGCCAGUGGCAGUAGACAUUGAUAGUUUACCUGAUAUACUAAAUGAAGACUGGUUCAAGAAGACAGACAAAGACAACGACCUUGAUGCUUGGAUGGAACGUGUUGGCUUUGUAAAGCGGAAGAGUAAAAAUGGCGACGAAAGUUACGAUCAUUUGAAGGAGGAGGCCAGGCAGAAAGGAAACAGCAAGACAGAAUAUGAGUACUUGUUACUUAAAGCCAAAAAUCACAAGAAGAGGGGAGAAACUGAUGGCAUGUACAACUUCCGAAUGGGGAUAAAGCAACUCUAUGCCUACCUAAAUGCGAUGAGGAUGAAACAAGUUUUCGGCAUCCUGACAUCGUACUGCCAUACCUAUUUUGUCAUUUGUAAAUGUGACUGUCUGACCAAGGAACAUACAUUACAAGUUUCAAAUUGUGUGAGGUAUGACCAAGACAUCAUUAAAAAGGUGACUCAAUUUGUUCACUUCGCAAUGAACUCUGAAAGGAAAGAGAUCACGAACAUCCCUGUUCACUUGUCAUUUGAAAUUGGAACUGGAGAUGCCAAAGAGGAAAGAGGAAAUUGUACACCAGAUAAUGGACCAAUGAAGCAGGAAGAUAAGAAUAGACAUGGUCAAAAAGAAGGGAGUGGCACAAGGAAAGGAUGCAGGGAAGACAACACAGAGAGAGUAAAACGUACGUUGUAUUUCAAUGGACGUGUAAUAGGAAGUGGAAGAUCUGGAUGUGUUUUGAGUCUUUCUGAUCGUCAGGGUCAUCUGUAUGCAGCAAAAAGCAUUUCUGGGCUUGAUGAGGAAAGGAGUGAUGAGGAAUACGACAUCCUCUGUGAACUGCAGAACGAAGUUAAAAUCUACAAAAAGUUGAGAGGCCUGCAAGGUAAAGUUGUUCCAAAGUUUCAUUACAGUGGCUAUUUACAUGGUUGCGAAUACACCCUGCUCUUAGACGAACUCGAUGCAUAUCCUCUCUGGAAGUGUGACCUGUCGUAUGAGGAAAAGGAAACGAUCGUUUGGGCGUUGGGCGAGAUCCACGCGGCCGGAGUUUUGCAUGGCGAUAUCAGGGAGCAGAAUAUUUUGUUACACAGGACCACCAAGCAACCCUACUUCAUAGACUUUGGGUUUUCAAGGGAAAGUAGUUGCGAGAUGGACUUCGAAGAAGAAAUAAAGAAACUCAGAGCACUUUUAGACAUGUAACAUUUGUCAUAGCUUAACUUAA